UAUGUCAUAUAUUCGCUACAGAGAUUCCUUAAUCGCAGACCUCCAACAACAAGUCAACGAUUUAACACUGGCAUUGGAAGAGGAACGUCUUAAUCAUAAACAAACCAAAGACAAGGCUGCUGAAAUACUAAGAGGUAACUUGGAAAAAUUUUUAGAAGAGAAAUCCGAAGAUAUGAAGGAAAUCAGUUAUAAUCACCAAAAAGAACGAGAUCAAAUGAAAGAAGAUUACGACAUCAAAUUACGUAAUCUUCGCCGAACAAUGGAUGAAACGAAAAAUAAAUUGACUGCUGAAAUAGAGUUUCUGAACGGAGCAUUUGAAUCAUAUAAAAGCCAGUUGUCUAAUGAUUUGUACUAUAAAUCGGAAAAGAAAGAAAAUGAGUUGAAGAGUCGUUUGAUAAAGGAGAAAGAAGAGCAAAUUGAUGAAUUAAAAACUAAAUUGUACAACGAGAAAGCAGUUGAGAAGGCAGAUCUUAUACAAAAACAUAAAAAAGAAACUCUACAAAUUAGGAAAGAGCACAAACGCGAGCUUGAGGCCCUAACUAGGAAAUAUUCAAAUGCAGCAGAGGACAAGCAAUUGCUUAGAUCAACAGAAGAGGACUUAAGUCAACUAAAAGAUGAAUUAUUGAUUUCGAAAGAGAAUCAUAAUUCGGUUUGUAAACAAUUGGCUGAAAUUACUGACGAAUUAGCUAAAACAAAAUUUGAACUACUUGGCUAUGAAAAGAAUUUUGCUGAGAAAGUGGGAGUAGUCGACGAUCAAUAUAGGAAAAAGGUUGAGCAAUUAAUUGAGGAAAAUGUUGAAUUGAGGAAACGGUAUGCUGAUAAAUGUGCCAAAUUAUCAGAAGAAAGAAUGUCAGUUGAAAAACUUGAAAAGGAAAAGUUGAAAUAUGCAAAAGAAAAUAUGAGAUUGAAAAUUGAACAUCAAAAACAACUUGAAUUAGCUUUAUCUUCUGAAAAACAAGAGAAGUCCAAAGUUGAAGAGGAAGAUGAUGACGCCUAUUCGGGAUUCGCUAAAUAUGCUGUUUUUCCAUGA